AUGGAGCUAGCCGCUGUGAUCGAGGUUGGACUCUCGCUGGCCACACUCAUCUCGACCGUCCGAUUGAAUAAUGAGGAUCUCAUCUUGAUCACAACUACUAGUCCCACGGACGAAAUGGCCACGGAGUUGGAUAAACUUGAUGAAGAAAUAUGUAAGGAAGCUUCUAAUUUCACGAAAAUAUUCUAUGACGCGAUGGAUAGGAAAAGAGACAAGAUCAACUAUCUCUAUUGCGACAGCGGAGCAACGUUAGUAUGGAACGGAAACCCUGUAUCAGGAUGUGACAAUAUUUUCAAAUUCAUUUCAUCGCUACCCGAGACGGACCAUCACCUAGUGUCUGUUGACGUGCAACGUGUUAAUUCUGGCCUACCUGGCUCGCUGGACGUGCUUACUGUCACAACUGCAGGAAACGUAACCUUAGGAGGAACUAUGCAUGGUUUCACCCACACAUUCAUUCUUAUGGUCGAAGAUGGAAAAUACAAGGUGCGGAGUGAACGGUUUCGUUACGUUGACUGA